GCCGCCAAACAAACAAGUCAUACUGAGAAGAAUUCAAACACAGACGGCGGAACCUUCACUUGCUCAUUCGUUGCCCGAAAAGUGCUGCUGUGUUCCCGCCCAGACUGAGGUGGAGAGUUGAGGGGAGUUAGUUUUGGGAGUUCGGGAUUGGAAAGACGACUCACAGGUGAAUUGGGUUUCCACAAUAGUUUGUCUUCGACAGCACUUAAAGUUAGAAAGUAAGGAAGAACUAUUAAAACAGUUGCAUGACAAACUUUAGGCUAACGUUAGAUUUUGGGAUAGGCGAGGUAUUCCGCACAUUAUAAAGCAUGCUGGAAGUUCUUCAGUUUCUAACUUUAUCUGACAUGAGAAAUAAACGGUCUUUCAAAGAAAACCAUGAUGUGUGAAGCCGAUCCGCUUAGCAACUCCAUCAACAUAAGUCGCUCAUAGGCGCCGUCUGCUUUCCGAAGGCGGUAGUGCAGUGCGGGGAAAAUGGAUAACGUGCUUGAGCCAGAUAUGAAUUUGGAUAUAGUUAACCACUACAACCACUCCGGUAAGUGGGAAAGACCAAGAAGCACAGGCACGUGCAAAAAAGCCCUGCUAAUUUUCAUCUGCGUACUAAUAGUGUUGGAAAACAUAACUGUGUUGUUGGCACUGUGGCGCAACAAGCGUUUCCACAGCCGCAUGUAUUUUCUCAUUGGCAACCUGGCAUUGUCGGACAUGUUGGCCGGAGUUGCUUAUGUAGUCAACAUUUUCACCUCUGGCCGCAACACAUUUUUUCUCACUCCUAACCAAUGGCUGUUGCGGGAGGGAAGCAUGUUUGUGGCCCUUAGCGCCUCAACGUUCAGUUUACUUGCUAUUGGGAUUGAGCGGCACAUGACGAUGGUAAGGCUGCGUCCGUGUGAGACCGCCAGCAAAGGGAGGCUACUAGCCCUCCUUGGAGCCUGUUGGGCCGUUUCGAUAUUUCUAAGCGUCUUGCCCAGUCUGGGCUGGAACUGUUUGGGCAAAAUGCACACCUGCUCUACUGUGCUGCCGCUCUAUGACAAAAGCUACAUAGCAUUUUGCAUCAGCAUCUUUACCGCCCUACUAGCUGCCAUUGUGGUGCUGUACGUACGUAUUUACCAACUGGUGACAUCGAGCGGGCGGAGGGUGAGCUCCCGGCCGUCGGAUCGCUCGCUCGCCCUUCUACGCACGGUGGUGAUAGUACUGGGAGUUUUUGUGCUAUGCUGGGCCCCUCUUUUCUUAUUGUUGCUGUUGGAUGUGGGCUGCAGCCCAAAGCGGUGCCCGGUUCUCUACCAGGUGGACUGGUUCAUCGCCCUGGCGGUGCUCAACUCCUCCCUGAACCCUCUCAUUUACACGCUGUCCAGCCGGGAGAUGCGGGCGGCGUUCUUUCGAGUUCUGUGCUGCUGUUUCUAUAACACGUCUCUAGACUCCAUUCCCACAGCAACAGGCGCGAAGCUCCCGGGAAUAGUCCUCGACACUGCAGAAAACAGCAAAUCCAGCAUGGCGGGGGCACAGAGCGGUGUGGCCAAAUCUACCCUGAUGAGAAGUAAUGUGACCACACCAACAAACUCAAACCACCAGCAUGGGGACACGCCAACACCCGUAACACAAUCGACAGGGCCGGGUGACCUGCUGUCUGCUGUGCUGAUGAAAGCAGGCGCACUUCCUUCUUUGGGAAAGUUCUGAAGCAUUUAGAAGAACGGAUUUACAGGAUACUACAGUCUCGCUUGUGAUGAAUUAUCUGUACGCUCUAUGGGCAUUACAAAACCAGGAUUCGCUUUCAUACAAAGACCAUCACUUGACACAAUCAUUUUAAAUGGAUUACGGACCUUGUCAAAGCUUAUCUGAAAAUUUGCUCACCGAACUGAAUUUUUUUCUACAUGUAUUAAUAUUUAUGAGAUUUUGCUCUGUGCACAAAAGACCACUGAAUAAUAUAAUCACUCUAAAAAGGUGUGCAAUCUUUUCGUAAUGACCACACGAAGACCGUAUAUAAGUGUAUAUUACGACUGACCAUUUAAUUUUUUCACAGUUUGUUGCUAACAUACAAAACUGUUUGGUAUUCUUAACCAUUAUAAAGGUUCUAUAAAAGAAAUAGGGUGUGUUAAAGAAUGAUGGACUGAAUGGAAGUUUACGGUUUAUAAUCUGUGGAUCGGUUGAGAUGACAUGGUAAGAUUUCUGAUACAAUAUAUACAAUGGAAACACUGUGAAUGUGAUGAACUUCUGAUUGUGUUUAUCAUUGGAAAUUCAGAGAAAUCAACCUAAGGCAUGUGCUAGUGAAUACAGUAUGUUAUAGAAAAAAAGUUUUUUGUUUUGGUAGGCAAGGCUGUUAACAUUGUUCACAUUGUGGGGUUUUUCCAUGUAACCACUAGAGGGAGCUGUAGCAUCACAUUGAAAUGGACAACACUACAGAACAUAUGUGGAGGCAAUUUUGUGUGCACUAUCAUUCAUCUAUGAAUUCAAUCUAAGGCACUUGUUGGAUAAAAAAAGUACCCCAUAAUAAAUGG